AUGCCGCCACACCCCCAACAAUCCGCCCACGCCCACUCGCUCGCCGACCCAGAGUCCUUCUGGGCCGAGCCUGCCUCGCGGCUCCACUGGCACAAAACCCCGUCACGCGCUCUGUCCCGACGCACUAAGACCCUGCCCAGUGGCGCGCAGCACGAGCAUUGGUCAUGGUUCCCGGACGGGGAGAUCUCCACGUCGUACAACUGCGUCGACCGCCAUGUGCAUGCCGGCCAUGGCGAGGAUAUUGCGCUUAUCUGGGAGUCGCCCGUCACCGAGACUGUCGAAAAGUAUACGUAUGCGCGCCUGUUGGAUGAGGUUGAAGUGCUGGCGGGCGUGUUGAGGGAGGAAGGGGUUAGGAAGGGCGAUGUCGUUAUUAUCUACAUGCCCAUGAUCCCGGCCGCGCUCAUCGCCGCGCUAGCCAUAACCCGCCUAGGCGCCAUCCACGCCGCCGUCUUCGGCGGCUUCGCCGCACAGUCGCUAGCGCAGCGCAUCGAAGCCGCCCGGCCACGCGCCAUCAUGACCGCUUCGUGCGGGAUCGAAGGGUCCAAGGGCGCUAUCGCAUACCGGCCGCUCGUCGAGGGCGCUGUGCAAGCCAGCAGCUUCAAGCCGGACAAGGUGCUCGUCUGGCAGCGCGACCAGCUGCGCUGGAAUAAUCCAGACAAGCUCGGUGGCCAGCGCAACUGGCAGCGGCUGGUGAAGAGCGCGCGCAUGCGCGGUGUGCGCGCGGGGCCUGUGCCGGUGAAAAGCACCGACGGGCUAUAUAUCAUCUACACCAGUGGUACAACCGGCUCGCCCAAAGGCGUGCUCCGCGAAGCAGGCGGCCACGCCGUCGGCCUGGACCUCUCCAUCCGCACACUCUUCAACAUCACCGGCCCCGGCGACACGAUGUUCUGCGCCUCGGACAUCGGCUGGGUCGUCGGGCACUCGUAUAUCCUCUACGCACCACUGCUCGUCGGCGCCACGACAGUCCUCUAUGAGGGCAAGCCCGUCGGCACUCCGGACGCAGGUGCCUUCUGGCGCAUCGUUGAGAAGCACCGCGUCAACGCCCUGUUCACCGCACCCACUGCGAUGCGCGCCAUCCGCAAGGACGAUCCAACUGACGCGUUGUUCAAGGAUAUUGGUGCUCGCGGCGGGCUGCGGAGUCUGCGCGCGCUGUUUCUCGCCGGGGAGCGUAGCGAGCCCAGUAUCGUGAAAGCAUACCAGGAUCUCCUAUCCGAGUAUGCCGCGCGUGGCGCAAUGGUCGUUGAUAACUGGUGGUCAUCUGAGUCCGGCUCCCCGAUGACAGGCCUAGCGCUGAACGCGAGCUCGAAGCCCGCCCACAACCGCACCCAGCCGCCUACACCCCCGCUCCCCAUCCGCCCCGGCUCCGCCGGCCUCCCCAUGCCAGGCUUCGACGUCCGAAUCGUGAAUGACUCCGGCACCGAAGUCCCACCCGGAACAAUGGGAAACAUUGUGCUAGCCGCACCAUUAGCGCCCACCGCAUUCACCAAUCUCUUCGGCGACGACGAGCGCUUCUACCGCGGCUAUUUCGCGCGUUUCGCCGGGCGCUGGGUGGAUACCGGGGAUGCGGGAAUGAUCGAUCGUGACGGGUAUGUGCAUGUGAUGUCGCGCAGUGACGAUAUUAUCAAUGUUGCGGCGCAUAGAUUUAGUACGGGCGCUAUUGAGCAGGCUAUUCUGUCGCAUCCGCGCGUUGGGGAGGCAUGUGUUGUGGGCAUCCCGGAUGCGUUGAAGGGCCAUUUACCUUUCGCUUUCGUGCAGUUGCGCGAUGCUGCGGCUGGUGGAGGUGCACUUGCCGGUGAGCGGGAUCUACCCGCGGCCGUGCCAGAUGCGCUCUUUAGGGAGAUUAAUGCCCUUGUUCGCGAGCAGAUUGGGGCUAUUGCGUCGCUGGGUGGUGUGAUUCAGGGUCGCGGGAUGAUUCCUAAGACGAGGAGUGGGAAGACGCUUAGGCGGGUGUUGAGGGCGUUGGUGGAGAAUGGGGUUGAGGGGAGGUUUGAGGAUGAGGUUGGUGUGCCGCCGACUGUUGAAGAUGUGGCUGUUGUGGAGGUUGCGAGGGGGAGGAUUCGGGAGUUCUUUUUGGGCAAAGGGGUUCGGGCGAAGCUUUAG